CAGACGGUUAAGCCCUCCUCGUGGAAGAGCGGAUUCCAGAGAAGAUGUAGUUACCUGUCAGUGAGUUACCAAAAAACGGUCAGCCUCUUUACCGCCUGCUAAAAAAUCGGACUGUGGCAUUGCAGGUGUUUUCCCUCCCGCGCCAAGAAAACAAACCGUGUUUCCUUUGGGUUUUGUUUGGGGAGAGGCGGCCAAACGAGGAGCUAGACGGGCAGCGGGGAUCAUCCUUGCCGCGACAGACGCAGUAGGGACUCACCUCCAUUAGCCAGUCCAGAAGAAUCGCUCGCAUUUGCGGUUGCAGAAGUGGAUGCCUCUGCAAGAAGUGCUUAUCCCUCAGACCAUGAAGUUUAUGCAACUGUUUGGACGGCUGAAAUCCGCGGUCGUUGGGAUGGUGCACGUGAAAGCACUUCCAGGGACUCCUCGGAACAACUUACCUUUGUCUCAGAUCAUCGCCGAAGCCCGCCGGGAAGCGGAGGUUUACCGGGACUCUGGAAUUGACGGCCUGAUUGUGGAGAACACGCACGACCUCCCGUACACGGCCGCCGUGGGGCCUGAGGUGACCGCGGCCAUGACGGCCGUCUGUGCCGCCGUGAGGACGGCCUGCCCCCACCUCCCCUUGGGAGUCCAGGUUCUCUGCUCGGCAAACCAGGAGGCCGCGGCCGUUGCCCUCGCAGCAGGUUGUGACUUCAUCCGGGCGGAGGGCUUCAUCUUUUCCCACGUAGCGGACGAGGGGAUUAUAAAUGCCUGCGCGGGGGAUCUCCUGAGAUACCGCCGACAGAUUGGAGCGGAGCACGUUCAGAUUUUUGCCGAUAUCAAAAAGAAGCACAGCGCCCACGCCCUGACCGCUGAUGUCAGCAUCUCAGAAACAGCCAAGGCCGCCGAGUUCUUCCUGGCGGAUGGGGUCAUCCUGACCGGCCCAGCUACAGGAGUUGAGGCGGAUCCCGGAGAGCUGAAAGAAGUUGGACAGGCCGUGAAUAUUCCGCUGCUGAUUGGAUCCGGUGUCACCCUGGAGAAUGUGAAGAGCUAUUUGAAUGCAAAUGCCUUGAUAAUUGGUUCAUAUUUCAAGGAAGGGGGUUAUUGGGCCAAUCAGAUUGAUCCCACCAGGGUAAAGACAUUUAUGGAUCAUGUGGGUAAACUGAGAGAUUAAAAUAUAGCUGUGUGUGUGUGCGUGUGUGUGAUCACAAGUAUCUGUGGGCCUCCACAAUUCAGUUUUCCCUGUCCCAUUGUGAGUUUCGAAAACCAUUCAGAGCUACAGCUUCUGUCUAGAACCGUGGGAUUUUGUUGCAACCCCUUAAUUAGCCCUGCAUGAAAAUACUUUUUUCCCCCACUUUCCCUGUGGUAUUUGUUAAGCGCUCACUAUGUGCCAGGGACUUCAAGAAAAAAAAGUAUAUUCGUCUGAAACAAUCACACACAACACAGUCCAAGCGGGAAAGCUCUAAAGCGUUUAAGCCCUGUGUCCAGAAUGCUGUGUGCUUGCUGCCUAUUGUUGGGUAGGGACCGUCUCUAUGUGUUGCCGCUUUGUACUUUCCAAGCGCUUAGUACAGUGCUCUGCCCACAGUAAGUGCUCAAUAAAUACAAUUGAAUGAAUGAAUGAAUGAAGCUUUCUGGAUGUAUUUAAGUUCCCUGGCCUCGUAUCGACCUAACCUGCCUCACGUCUCAAAGUCGCAGGAGCGAAUGGGAUCGAAUUGUUUUCUCUGGUCAACCCAUUCGUAUUUUGCCCAACUGGAACAGGAAACGAACAUUUUGGGAAGGAAUUAACCAUUACACGUGGAUUGGAUUUUGUCUGUUUCUCGGUUCUCUCUGCCCCUCCUAGUCCUCCGAUACUAGCUUCAAGCCAUUGUGUUCUUUGUGAGGAGAAAUUUUCCACUCAAAAGCCUCCGGGUUCCCCUCAUAU